AAAAUACGAUGGGCGCUCCUCAGUCAGUCAGUCCUCUCUCUCUCUCCCCCUCGUACCCUUCCAUCUGAGAAAUAAAUUGCCGCGUGGACUUUAUUACCCAACAAUAAAAAACCGUUUCCCCUUCUUGUUUCACUCGAUCUUUCUUUCCUUCUCCCAUUGCCUUCUUGCCCGUCAAGCCCCAACUCCCAAGCCACCACCACCAACAACAACAACAAAACAACAAAUACUCUCUCUCUCUCUCUCUUGCUAUUGCAUGACUGAUCAAAUAACUUCUAAUGGAGUUUCGGGGGUUUCUGUCGCUUUGUGUCUUGGUUUUCAUCUCAUUCCCCAAAUUUGCUCAUUCAUCUCUCCAGUUGCCGGGGUGGUUAGGAGAAAAGAAAACUCAUGGAUCGGUGCUUCAAUUGAAGAAAGGUGCUCCUUUCUCCGGUUUUGAUCCUACUCGAGUUACCCAACUCUCUUGGCGUCCAAGGGCUUUCAUAUAUAAGAAUUUUCUAUCAGACGAGGAGUGUGAUCACCUCAUUGCUCUGGCGAGAGAUAAUCUAGAAAAGUCCAUGGUGGCGGAUAAUGAAUCUGGUAAGAGCAUAAUGAGCGAAGUCCGGACGAGUUCUGGCAUGUUUCUCGGGAAAAAGCAGGAUGAAAUUGUUGCAACUAUUGAGGCGAGGAUUGCUGCAUGGACCUUCCUUCCAGAAGAAAACGGGGAGGCCAUUCAAAUACUGCAUUAUGAACAUGGCCAAAAGUAUGAACCCCAUUUUGAUUAUUUUCAUGACAAGGUCAAUCAAGAACUGGGAGGUCACAGAGUUGCUACUGUACUUAUGUACUUAUCUAAUGUUGAGAAAGGUGGCGAAACAGUAUUUCCCAAUGCGGAGAGCAAAAUGUCGCAACCAAAGGAUGACAACUGGUCCGACUGUGCCAAAAAUGGCUAUGCAGUGAAACCAAGUAAAGGUGAUGCUUUGCUGUUCUUCAGUCUCCAUCCGGAUGCAACUACAGAUAGGAGGAGUCUGCAUGGCAGUUGCCCAGUUAUUGAGGGUGAGAAGUGGUCUGCGACCAAGUGGAUUCAUGUGAGAUCAUUUGACAAACCUACAAGGGCUGCAGCUAGUGGAGAAUGUGUUGAUGAGGAUGCAAACUGCCCAAGAUGGGCCGCGGCUGGUGAGUGUAAAAAGAAUCCACUCUAUAUGGUGGGCUCUGAGGAUUCUUAUGGAUACUGUAGGAAGAGUUGCAAAGUUUGUUAAUCAUUGUGGUUGUGGAACCUGAGUAGUCAAAUUUGUAUGCAGCGCCCGGAUUUUCCCUUUGUUGUAGUUGUAGAUAACAUUGAAUCAACGUGGGAUUAAUCUCUCCAAGAUAAGAAGCAAAUUGAACUUAAACUGUG